AUGGCCCCCGCUGGCAAAGGCAGUACCCGAGAAAAACCAAGACCGAGACCGCUAAAUCUCGAGGCUCUGAAGCUGCCCUUGCCAGAAUGGUGCCAUGAUGAGAUGCCGGUCAGAAAGACUUUCAUCGACUACAGGUGCCCGGAAGAGUCGCCAAGGGGAGGACGGAUUUUUCCAGGUUUGAACACGGCGCCUGCCGCGAUGUGUGGGUGCAUGCUCGCAUCCUUGGAGGAGGCCGUGCUAUCUCCGCGAUGCAGCGACAGAGGCCAAAGAGCGACGGACGUGCUUCCAGAAGCAGGUUCCGCAGCCUCAACUGCCCGGAAGUCUUCUGCGUCCUCAAGCUCUUCGCAGGCGUCGCAGCCACCGGCAGAGUACAGGAUAUCUCCGGAGAAGUCAACAGACUGCCAGGACACUGCGGGGAGACAAGAGGAGUCAGCUACCAAGCUGCACAUCCACAAUAUCUCCACGGAUGAGGAUUGCGGGUCCUCCGCGGAUGAAGACGAGGAGGAGGAGCUCAACAUUUGCCCGGUCUACACGGCAGACGCUGCUUUGCCGUCUAUCGGAUCAGCCAAACACGCGGAGGGAGCGUGCAGGCGCUGCUGUUUCUUCCCAAAGGGGAGGUGCAACAACGGCAAGGAUUGCAUGUUCUGCCAUUUCUCGCACGAGAAGCGGCGGAGCAAGCCGAAGCCAAAGAAGAGCAAGAGGCUCAAGAAGCGUGUGGCGAACGCAUGCGAGGAGGGCAAGGAGCUUGCGGGAGUUGGAGGGGCUGACUCGAUCGAUGGGUCUUACGGCCAAGCAACUCCCGUCCCAGUCUCCAUCGUCCUACAGACUGCCAUCCCGGAGGGCUCGCAACCGUCUGGACAAGGCUACAGCGUGGCCAUCGUGUCUGUCCCCUUCUGCGUGGGCGCUUACUGA